AUGCUGAGAAUAAAUGUGGAAGCUGAAAAGAAGCUGGAUAUUGCAGGUGAGCCAGACAAAGAAAUUGAAAAACCUGCUGAAGUGAAAAAGCCAGUUGCAAAGAAGAAGUUUGAACUGAAACCAGAAUAUGUGAGGGCAAUGGCACCUUAUCCAGAAAGGUUCUCUGUACAACAUGUAUGGAAGAACUUCUUCAAGCAGUGGAAGGAUAAAGAGACAAGAGGAAUUGUAUGGGAAUGUGCUAGAUGCACAACUGUUCCCCAAUUUGAGAAGGUCAUGCAAAGGCUGAAGACUCUAAACGAACCAGCUUGGAAGUAUCUUGACAAUAUACACCAUUCAUGUUGGGUUAAGGCCUAUUACAGUCACUGGCCUAAAUGUGACAACAUCACGAAUAAUAUGGCUGAGGUGUGGAAUGCAAAGUUUGUGAAUUAUAGGGUCAAACCUAUAAUGACAUUGUGUGAGGAAUUGAGGUGCUACAUAAUGCGAAGGAUGGCAGCACACAAGAGGAUUCUACAAACCUUUAGGGGUAAGAUAGCACCUGCACAACAGAAGAGGCUGGACCAGUUGAAGGUUGCAAGCAAUUCUUGGACACCGACAUGGACUGGAAAAUUGGUCCAAGAUCUCCAUGAAGUAUCUAGAAAGGGUCAACAUGUUGGGGUGAAUUUAACUCAACAAUCUUGUAGUUGUAAUGUUUGGCAGCUUACUGGAUUGCCUUGUGAACAUGCCAUUGCUGCCAUUGCACACAAGAAUGAACCUGUGGAAAAUCAUGUUCACCAAUGGAUGACAGUGGAUGUUUUGCAUGCCACUUAUGAACACACUCUCAACCCAGUCAAUUCCCAACAAUAUUGGACAGCUUGUGAUGCCCCAAAACCACUUCCUCCACGCUUGAAAAGGCCUAUUGGACGUCCAAAAAAGCAUCGCAAGAAGGAUCUCACUGAAGAGCUUAUGAAGACCAACAAGAAGCUUAAAAAGACUUACACAGUUCAAUGCUCCAAGUGUGGUGAGACUGGUCAUUACCCCAAGACAUGUAAGGGAAUGUUGAAGUUAGCCAGACAAGGACAGUUGAAGUUUGCCAGUCAAGGACAGUUGAAGAAAUCAUCAUGA